UGAUAAACUUGGUCCCCACUUUUUUCUGGCUGAAAUAAAAAGAAAGUGGAAGCAUGCUAUGGGAAGAGAGCAACGUAGAAUCCCCACCAAUGAAAUAUCCAAAAGAGUUUCAGGCGAGCUGAAAAAUUCGGGGGACGCCGGAGGGUUCAAGGAAUAUAUCACAAUGAAUUCUCCAACUAAAGACCAUUUCUUUAUUGAAAGAGUUGCCAAACCUUCCACUGGUGCCAAAAGAGGAGAAAGGAUCAGCAAGCUAAAGGGCUCGGAAACGAGUACUGAUGGUGAGACUAACUUCUCCAGGCAUUCGAACAUCUAUAUCGAGGCAAAGAAACAUCUCUCCGUGAUGCUAACAGAUGGUGAUGACAAUGUGGAUCUUUCAAGCAGACAAGUUCCGAAAACCUUGGGGAGGAUUCUUUCUCUCCCUGAUUAUAACUCUUCCCCUGUUGGCAGCCCUAGGUGGAGCUCGGAGCCUAGUUUUAUAACUACACAGAUGAGAUUUGCUGGCUCUGAUGAACUCGACAAUGUCAGCCAUCCACGUCGAGCAGCGGAGGAACAUCCGAGCCGGCUUUGCGUUUCUGAUAACAAAACCGGUGAUGAAAUCGAAGGUGAUAAUAUCUUUUCGGAUAAACUCAAUGCUUUUGUGAAUGAUGACAAAGUGGAUCAAGGUGAUUGUUCUAUCAAAGAUGAAACGAGUUCUGUAGGUAUUAUCGUUCAGGAAGAAACUAAGCUCUUGGAUGCUUCUUCAAAGACUUCCAUUACAACAGAUGACAAAAUUGUUGAUGUAUCUGAAGUUUAUGAUGAAAAACAAUAUCCACAUUGCUUGAAACAGGAGUUAUUUGAAGAGGACCAACAGUCAUUUUCUCCAUUAGCGUCUCCAUCGAACUCAUCAGUCACCAAAAAGGUUGAAGGUCUAGAGAGUGUUAGUGAUUUACAGGAGCGGCCGAGUCCUGUAUCUGUUCUUGAGCCGAUAUUCAUAGACGAUGUUAUCAGCCCUGCUAGCAUCAGAUCUAUUUCUGGUGAAACAUCCAUACAACCGCUAAGAAUUCGAUUCGAAGAACAUGGUUCUUCAGCAAAUCACAGUGGUGGUUUUAAAACUUGUAUGGAUGAUAAGGAAUCAAUACUUAAGCACAUAAAGGCUGUGCUACAGGCUUCGAGUUUCGACUGGGAUGAACUCUACAUCAGGUCACUCUCUUCGGACCAGCUUCUCGACCCUUUGUUGCUUGAUGAGGUAGAAUACUUACCCAACCAACUUUGUCAUCACAAGAAACUGGUCUUCGACUGCAUUAAUGAAGUCCUCAUCGAGGUUUGUGGGUACUAUUUUGGUUCCCCUGGCGUGUCAUUCGUUAAAACUAAUAUCCGUCCUCUUCCGAACAUGAAAAAUACCAUUGAAGAGAUAUGGCAAAGAGUUUAUUGGCACGUGCUUCCAAUGCCACUGCCUCGCACUUUGGACCAGUUAGUCAGAAAAGAUUUGGCCAAAACAGGAACAUGGAUGGAUCUUAGACUUGAUGCAGAUUUCAUCAGUGUCGAGAUCGGUGAAGCCAUCCUUGAAGACUUGGUCGAAGACACUAUAACAAGCUACGUAAAUGUAAGUCCGGAAUGUGAAUAUCGUGCCGAAGGACUAGAAGAGUGACAUCAACUUGUAAAAGGCAACCGACUGGGUUUUGUUCAUACUUCAUACCAAUAAUGCAUCUCUCAAUAGGUCAGGAUGGGAUAAAAGCAAGCUAAUCAAGUCCCAACAAGCAAGAAGAGCUUCAUUUAACUCUCCUUCUAAGUGUUUUGUCAGAUGAUGCGACACCGUUUUUGUAACCGUGUCAACCCGGAGAUCAUCUUACUUGUGA